AGCCCGUCCCGCGCCGAGCGCGCGGUCCGAGAGCCUUUCCCGAAGCCCCUUGCGCGGCACCUGGCGACAAAAUGGCUGCCCGAGGGAGACGGGCGGAGCCUCCGGGUCGGGAGGCGCCCGGCCCGGCGGGCGGCGGCAGGAGCCGAUGGGCUGAGUCGGGGCCAGGAACGUCCCCCGAGAGCGGGGACGACGAGGUGUCGGGCUCAAGCCCGGUGUCCGGCGGUGUGAACUUGUUCGCCAACGACGGCAGCUUCCUGGAGCUGUUCAAGCGGAAGAUGGAGGAGGAGCAGCGGCAGCGGCAGGAGGAGCCACCCCCGGGCCCGCAGCGACCCGACCCAUCGGCCUCCGCCGCGGCGGGCCCAGGGAAUCCGAAGAGGAAGGGCGGCCCGGGCCCCACACUCAGCUUCGUGGGCAAGCGCAGAGGCGGAAACAAACUAGCCCUCAAGACGGGAAUAGUAGCCAAGAAGCAGAAGACGGAGGAUGAGGUAUUAACAAGUAAAGGUGACGCAUGGGCCAAGUACAUGGCAGAAGUGAAAAAGUACAAAGCCCACCAGUGCGGUGACGAUGAUAAAACUCGGCCCCUGGUGAAAUGACCCCCUCCUGGGUGCUCACUGCCUGGGACUCUGCAAUGUACAUAACUAUUUAAGGCGGUAAUGGCAGCGACCUUCCUGGAGGACUGAUACACAGAAGGAAACCAAGGCGCUUCCCGUGGCCGCAGACCAUUCUCCAGGACUCUUUUUUUACCUUGAGCACUUGCCUCCUGAGACUCACUAGACCAGUGGUUUACUGUCCCCUUUCUUCCCACCACCUCGCUUUCUCUGGCUCUGUCUGUCUCUCUUGCUGUCCUUCUUUUAGCAGUCACUUCUGAGAAGUAAAGAACCUGAUUUAGUGCUGGA